AUGCCGCCAAAUACAGUGCCUGAUGAGGAGCCUAGGGAUAGUGAGGGAAGGCAUUGCAACCAUACUGAGAAUGACAGUGAGACAAAACGGUAUCCUCAAAGAGAAAGGAACCCUCCCAGAUACUUAGAAGAGGACACCAUCCUCCCCAAGAAUGCCGAUUGUGCCCACAUUAGUUUAGAUUACUGCUACAAAGUUUGUGGAUUACCACAAAAUUACACAGAAGCCAUGGGAUCACCUCAAGCCAGGGAGUGGGAGCAAGCAGUGAAGGAAGAGAUCAGCUCUCUGAAGGAAAAUGAUACUUACGAAUUAUCAACUUUACCAGAAGGUAAAGCUUCAGUAGGGGGAAAAUGGGUGUACACAACCAAACAAGAUCAGAAUGGCAUAGAGUUCUUUAAGGCCAGAUAUGUAGCGAAGGGUUACAGCCAGGUAAAGGGUAUAGAUUAUCAAGAAACUUUCGCCCCGACAGCCAGUAUUACUUCAAUUAGGGUCUUAAUGCAGUUAGCAGUAAAACAUGAUCUUAUUGUCCACCAGAUGGACGUUAAAACUGCAUAUCUGCAUACCCCAUUACUCAAGAGUUAUACAUAGACCAGCCACAAGGGUUUGAAGAGGUUUCAGAGAGUGGUGAGAGGUUAGUAUAUAGGCUAAAGAAAUCGCUAUAUGGUCUAAAACAAUCAGGUAGAAAUUGGAACAUAUUGUUACACGAGCAUUUAGCAAAUGACGGUUUUGUCAGAAACCAUGCUGAUCACUGUGUAUAUAAGAAACAAGUUGAUGAUAAAAUUGUUAUCGUCAUUGUUUGGGUUGAUGACCUAAUCAUAGCUUCAGAUAGUAUGCAGUUAAUGGAAGAAUUUAAAGAAAGUAUGAAGACACAAUUUAAGAUGAAAGAUCUAGGUAGAAUCACUUUCUUCCUUGGAAUGGAUUUUAAGCAAAGCAAGGGUGAAAUAAAAAUUAAUCAGAAAAGAUUCAUUCUUAAAAUACUAGAGAGAUUUGGAAUGAUAGACUGCAAGCCCAGGUUAACCCCAUGUGAGCAACGAUUAGAAUUUAACUGUGGUGAAUUGACCAACGCCAGACAGUAUAGAGAAAUGAUAGGAAGCCUAAUUUAUGCCAUGACCUGUACAAGCCCUGAUUUAAGUUGGAUUGUAAGCAGACUGUCUCAAACUCUGUCAAACCCCAGAACGGGAGAUUUAAUUGCUGCCAAACAUGUCCUAAGGUAUCUAAAGGUCGAGAAAGCAACCAACGGUUGCCAUUUCCACUUGCGAAGCUGA